CUGCGCGGAGAAGGGGCCAGUGACCCUCGUCCUGCGCCUGCCGCCGCCAUGGGCUCCUCGCAGAGCGUCGAGAUCCCCGGCGGAGGCACCGAAGGCUACCACGUCCUGCGGGUACAAGAAAAUUCACCAGGGCAUAGAGCUGGACUGGAGCCCUUCUUUGAUUUUAUUGUUUCUAUCAACGGUUCAAGAUUAAAUAAAGACAAUGAUACUCUCAAAGAUCUGCUAAAAGCCAAUGUUGAAAAGCCUGUAAAAAUGCUUGUCUACAGUAGCAAAACACUGGAGCUAAGAGAAACAUCAGUCACACCCAGUAACAUGUGGGGUGGUCAGGGGUUGCUUGGAGUGAGCAUUCGUUUCUGCAGCUUUGAUGGGGCCAAUGAAAAUGUCUGGCAUGUAUUGGAAGUGGAGUCAAAUUCUCCUGCGGCGUUGGCAGGUCUUAGACCUUACAGCGAUUAUAUCAUUGGAGCUGAUACUGUUAUGAAUGAGUCUGAAGAUCUGUUCAGCCUUAUUGAAACACAUGAAGCAAAACCAUUAAAACUUUACGUGUACAACACAGACACUGAUAAUUGUCGAGAAGUGAUUAUUACACCAAAUUCUGCAUGGGGUGGAGAAGGCAGCCUAGGAUGUGGCAUUGGAUAUGGCUAUUUACAUCGAAUACCUACAAGACCAUUUGAAGAAGGGAAGAAAAUUUCUCUUCCAGGACAGAUGACUAGUACCCCUGUUACUCCCCUCAAAGAUGGUUUUACAGAGGUCCAGUUGUCAUCAGUGAAUCCUUCACCUGUGUCACCACCUGGAACUACAGGCAUUGAACAGGGUCUGUCAGGACUUUCUAUUAGCUCAACCCCUUCAGCUGUCAGCAAUGUUCUCAGUACAGGUGUACCAACAGUACCAUUAUUGCCACCAAAAGUUAACCAGUCCAUCAGUUCAGUGCCACCAGUUAACCCAGCAGCUACAUUACCAGCCACUCAAUGUGAAUCAAUAAAGAAAAGGAUAAAGAACAUUUACUACAGUAAGAAUGGUCUGGUGCCUUUGCCGGCAGGAUUGCCCAACCUAGCAAAUCUCUCCAAUCUCAACCUACCUGCACCACAGUUAAUUCCAGGAGCUGGAUUACCAGAAGUUAUGAAUCCUGGUUUGCCACCUUUUCCUUCCUUGCCUCCCUUAAACCUGUCUGGAAUCACACCGCUGUCCAUGCCAUCAGAAUUUCUUCCCUCGUUCCCUUUGGUCCCGGAGGUUUCUUCGACAACGCCUGAGCUGCUGUCCUCCCUUCCUCCAGUAGGGAGCCUACCUUCUGAUCCAGCCUCCACUACAAGAGCAGAACAAACCUCUCUGCUUCCCUCAGAUGCUCCUCCCCCCACUUCAAAGGCUGCAACUACUGUUGAAGACACAGCAAAUGAACCCAUCCCAACCAGCGAAAAGCCAGUUUCUACCGUAACAGAUACAAGUGCUUCAGCGUCACCUUAACUUAAAACCAUUCCUUGGGAUUGGCUUGGUAUAUUUAUUUAGCCACAGGAGCGUGUUUGGAAAUGCAAACUAUCAUUAAUUUCAUACUAGUUUGUACUGUAUCUGUAGGAAUCCUGUAAAUAAUUCUAAGGGUAAAGAUAAACAGGAAGAUAUAGGCUUUCUAUACUGCAAAGUUGGGGUGGGGGGAUAAGGGACACCAGAAAGUGCUUGUAUUUUAAGGGUAACACAGGCUCCCACUGCCACCCUUGGAGAGGCUAGGACUGUAGCCUGCUGGGCCUUCUGCCAGCUCCUUCUGUAAGAAAAUGGAACCUUUUAUGCAUAACCUUUACCUGCAAUGUUUCUUGUACUUUGUAAACAGUUUGCAGGAAUGCAAACCAUCUCACACAUGGGGGAAAAAAAAGAGGUUCUACUUUUGAUUUUUGUGAGUCACAUCUAUUUUAACAUUUGCAAAAGAUCUUCCAACUAAAGAUGUUUGUUAAAAGUUACAGAAUGUGCACUGUUAAUUGAGCAUAUUUUUAUUCAGCCUAUACACAGAUCUUUGUUUUGAGCUCGUAAAAUUACUCCACAUUUUGUAACUGCAGCUGUGUUGCUUGAUGAGUCCGCUGUAAAAUGGCAUUUGAAAGGAGAUGUUGCAUAGUUUUAAACCAGAAGGUGGCACUUUGUGGCUACUUGUAAAAUAAUAGCUAUACUGGGAAAACAGAUACAGCAGCAAUAAAUCACUGUAAUUUUACUUUU